CUGUAGACAGAUAUCAACUCACCCAUCUGUAAGGAAUAAGCCAGUAACAAAGACAAAGAAGAGAAAAAGGAAAAUGAAACUAACCACACUGUUUGUCAUAUAAACUGUAAAUAAAACUGUUUUCCUGUUCACAAUCAAAAGUUUAAUAGUUGAGGCUAAAAGCAAUUACUAUUACUAAUGUGUGCAAUUGUGAUUAUCAGCAACUAAGUAUUGGCUAGGGUUCUUCUGUGCUACCUUUUUUGUCAUAAUCAUCCUUGUCAGUCAAACUUUGUCAUGUAAUUGUGAUGGAUAAUACGGACCACAAUUCUAGUGCACUCAGUGUACAUUAAUUUGUGCUGUUACUAUGGCUAGUGUCCACUUGAAGAAGAUUAAAAAGAUUAAACCACUGCUAAACUAAUAGACUUGUGAAAAGGUUAAACUUAGAUACAAUGCUUGAUUUGACAUAGGGUAAUUUAAGAGGCAGGCCAAGCAAAUUCAUUAAAGGUUGUCGUUAACAGCUUAAAUAUCAGGCAAGCUUCUUUUCAAACUAUGAAACUGAUUGUUUACCCUUAAAGUAUAAUGUAUCACGAUCCUCAGGUUGUGAACAUACAGAUAAUUUAAGGCAUUAUGUAUGAAAAAAAUGAAAAAAGGGAAUAAAAAUAAAAUGAGAUAAAUAAUAGAAGAACAAAUGGUUGUAAAUUUCCCGGUACACAAAGUUUAAGUGAAUCUGAGUGCAACACCUAAUUAGCCAUUUAAUGAAUCUGGAAUAUGAUACUACCUCCGGUUCUUAUUAUGUGCAACAAAGGGGUAUUAUUUGUGAGACAUAAAAUUUUCCUUUGUUGCACAUAAAAAGAAAAGGAGGUAGUAAUUAGCUUAAAACGAGUACUAUAUACUAAUAUGACUCUGACCUUUGCUGUCAUUUCCUACACAAAACUGAAUACUGAAUUAUGAAAAUGGGCCUUUAGUCAAACAAAAUAGAAUCAUGAUUUGUUACUUAAAAAGCAUAUCUCCUAUAAGGCUAUGAUCUUCUAAAUUUAAAAAACAUUAAAUGUCCUCCAAUGUGAAUCGUGAUAGGGUAGAUUAUUCAUGAUUCUAGAAAUCUCCCUGGUAUGUUUCCAUAAUUAACAAAAGGCUUAUCUGGCAGAGGCGUCCAAUAGUGUGAAACCGAGCCAUCUAUAAACAGGGCCUUCCCACUUCUCAUUAACUCACCAAUAGCCAUUCCAUCCUCAAUGAAACUCAUUCUAUCAGUUUUUAGAGCCCUUCUCUUCAUCACCAUGGCAUCCCCCAAUCACCCUAGCCAAUCUGAGCAUGGUGUCCAUGGCACAACUCUUGCACCAACCUCUGAUGGUCUUGGUGCAGUUGAUAUUAACCUCUCUCUGUCCCUCUCUAUCAACUCAAGUAGCACCUUGCCUUCUCGCCAAAAUCAGGCCAAUCCUGUGAUUGAUCAACAGUCCUCCCAUCAUCAUCUGGAUGGAGCAAGGACUAGGAGAUCAAACUUUAACAUACCUUUUGGUCUCCAUGCGCAUAGCCCAUCUGAUUCCUAUCCUUUACAACCUCGAAACAAUGUAAACUUGAAUUUUUUUGUGGGAAACAGUUCUUCCUUCAACAUCAACCUCCUGAACAACAACCCCAUUUCUCAAUUUGCAAGCAAUAGUCCUUCUGCAGGCUCAUCAAGUACUCCCCCAAUUAUAAACAUCUUCAAUCCGGCAUCUUCACAUGUCCAGCAGCCAUUUUUAAAUCUAGGCCCGAACCAAGAACCCAUACUGAAUAGAUAUUCAGAAAUAAAUGGUAGCCCCCGGUUCGCAAGACUUCAUUCACAAUAUGCUUCUCCCAUUGUUGCUACAGGAAGUGGAAACACUCGAGGUACGUAUGUUACAAACUCUGAGCAAGAGAUUCCUACUGCUAUUUCAUACCUAAGACAGAAUAUAGUCAGUUUGUCCACUCAUCAUGGACAACCAUCCAACCUAUGCCAAAGAAUUCUUGAUCAAAGUCGCACCACUUCUCAACAUACAAUGGGUUUAAGUUUAUUCAAUCGACCAUUUAGAUACCGUGGUGAGAAGUACAAUCCUGUUCCUUCUUUUCCAAGUUCAAUACUGAACUCACCCAACCACCAAAAUCCGAUCCUUGUUGAUGGAAAUGGCACACUCCAUUUUAAUUCAUUUAAUCCUCAACCAAAUCCAACUUUUCCUGAAAUUCACUCUGCAUCAGAAGAAGUGGUAGGACAAGCUUCUGAACCUAAUAACAACAACGCAACAGCUGAACCUGCAUAUCAAGCAAGAAGAACUUCUAUGUAUAGGAGUCAUCCCUACAAAAAGUAUGGCCCGUACACUUGCCCUAAGUGUCAUGUUGUUUUUGAGAAUGGAAAUAGGUAUUCAGCACAUACUCAGAUUCAUUACAAGGAUGAGACACCUGAUGAGCGGAAGAAACGUCGUGAAAGUAAGAUCAGGAAGAGGGAAAUGCACUUAGCAAAUUCUGCUGAUGGUAUCACUGUGAUGCCUGGGUCUCUUCAGCAGGGGGAAGAGCCAAUACUGACUGGUUCUGGUCAGCCAAGAUGUGUGACUGGUUCUGCUACUAUGGUUAUCAAGAAGGAGGUUGACUGAUUGUAUCCCUAUGUAUUAGCAUUUUAUAGUGGCAGCUCUAUCAGGAAUCGUGUUUUAUAUUUUAUAUGCCAUUAGGAAUUGUGUUUUAAAUUUUAUGUGUCUAGAACAAGGUUCAGUUCUGUUUUCCGUUAUAAAACUGUAACCAAGGGUUCAGUUCGUUUACCGUUAUAGUACUGUAACCAAGGUUCAGUUCGUUUUCCGUUAUAAACUUUAAAAUUUAUAUAUAUCUAUAUAUGCUGCAAACUGCAUAAUC